AUCAUCAUCAUCAGUCAUGCAAGUUUGCAGCUCGCAGUGGGGGGAAUAGGGACUCGUCUAUUUUAGGCUGACCGAGUAUAUUUUCAUACCGAGGAGGUUCAUAAACAAGGAGCAGAGUCUCGGAGACGCGCAGGAGGAACAGGAGGAGCAGGAGCACCAGGAUCUGAUCACUCUGCGGCCGAUGAGGGAUUUUGUAACGACGGGAUAAGAAGAGAAAUGCACAGUGAGAGGAGGCUGCCGGGACGACAGGAGAGAUUCAUGCUCCUCAUCCUCUGUCUGCAGCUGUGGCACAGGCCCAUGGCUGAAGCGAUUCACCCGGACUGCGCCAUCAUCCAGCAGCACCUGAGGGCUCGGGAGAUCUGCAGCCAGACGAGGAGGAGCGAGGCGCAAAACCAGAGCGACCACAGCGGGUGUAAAACCGAGUGGGACGAGAUCGGAUGUUGGCUGAGAGCUGACGUCGGGCAGGUGGUCAACGUAUCCUGCUCUGAAGUCUUUCAACACUUUUCCAGCAGUCAAGGGUAUGUUUACAGGAACUGCACUGUUGACGGCUGGUCAGAAAUGUAUCCACCCUACGAGGAGGCCUGCGCGUUCACUGAAGAGCCCGAAUCUGAGAUGAGUUACCUCUCAACGUUCAGACAGGUUUACACAGUGGGUUACGCCACGUCUCUCAUCUCCCUCAUCACAGCCAUCGUGGUGUUGACGGCCUUCAGAAAGUUCCGCUGCACCAGAAACUACAUCCACAUCAACCUCUUCUCCUCGUUCGUUCUGAGAGCCAGCGCCGUUUUCAUUAAAGACACGGUGCUGUUCGCCGACGAGACGCUGGAUCACUGCUCCGUGUCCACGAUCGCGUGCAAGUCCGCCGUGGCUUUCUUCCAGUUUAGCAUCCUGGCCAAUUACUUCUGGCUGCUGGUGGAGGGCAUGUAUCUGCAGACCCUGCUCGCCCUGACUUUCGUCUCCCAGAGGAAAUACUUCUGGUGGUACAUUCUGAUUGGAUGGGGGCUUCCGUCAAUCGUUCUCAUACUUUGGGUGUUGACCAGAUUCUUCUAUGAUGACAGAGGCUGCUGGGAUGACAACGACAGUGUUGGUAUUUGGUGGAUUAUUAAAGGACCAAUAACAGCCUCGCUGCUGGUCAACAUAGUCAUAUUCGUCAAUGUGAUCCGGAUUCUGGUCCAAAAGCUGAAAUCAACAACCAUGGCCGGGAACAGCGACACUGGACAUUUUAUGAGGCUGGCUAAAUCCACCCUGUUCCUCAUUCCUCUGUUCGGGAUGCACUACACCGUGUUUGCCUUCCUGCCUGAGAACACCGGCGUCGCUGCCAGACUCUACAUCGAGCUGGGACUGGGCUCCUUUCAGGGGUUUGUCGUGGCGCUCCUUUACUGUUUCAUGAAUGGAGAGGUCCAGGCAGAGCUGCGGAGGUGGCUGUGGAAGUGUCACAGUCAGAAUCAUCUGACCCCAGCCAAGAGAAGUAUCACUCAGAUCACAAUCCGAAGCCAGAGGGGGCUCGGGCAGCCUCCCUCUUGUGGCAACAUCUCCUCUGUAUGACUUUAGAGGCUGCCCAUCAGAAAGGCAGAGACUAAAGCUAAAAUUGCUGUUGACAUCAACUCAAAAACGCCUCUGUGAGAACACCAGACUAUAACAAACACUGCUGAGCGACUGAAGACAUGUGUCAGGAUGCUUUUCAUCAGCUGACGCUGCGGGGACGGUACACCACAUGCUGUGGGCUCUCCAACAAAAACCCAACAAACGGGAACACUGGUGCUUGAUCUGGAACUGUGUCACUGUGCAAACAUGAGACCACAGUGGAAACGGAGGUGACGGAAACACUUUCACGUGGUUUUGUUUACAGUUUGAACUACAUGGGUACAAUACGAACAAAUGUGGAGCGAUAGCUGGGGAAACAAUGCAUGUUUGAGCUUGGCUGAAUUACGUGAAACCGAGCUUGACUUGCCCAAUGGACUUGUCUAACUGUUACAGGAGCAGUUACGUUAACUGAAAGUAUGUGUCUGACUUCUUUUUACUAAUAUUUUAAUUGAUUUUUGUGCAGCUGCAUGAGAGAAAUCUCCCAACACAAAGAUUCAGAGGAACUUCAGCAGGUGUAUUUAAGUGUGAAGCUGCAGUUUGUUGGUACAUUGUGUCUUAAAACACUUCUUAUUUGUAGGAGUUGUCUGCUUUGCUGAGCCAUCUUUGAAGAGUGUAUGUGAACAUUUAUGGCAUUGUUUUCUUUUUAUCCGUCAAUUUUUUAUAAUAUAUGUUUGUAUUUGCUGCACUAGAGGUGAGUGGUACGGUGGUACAGUGGUUAGCACCGCUGUCUCCCAGCAAGAACGUACAGAGUUUGAACCUGCUAGAAAGACGGGACCUUUCUGUGCGGAGCCUGUGCCUCCGGGUACUCCAGGCUCCUCCCACAGUCCGAUGACAUGCAGAGCAUUUCCACUGAUGCAACGACAGCAUCUUAACUUGUUUAUAAAGUUCAUGAUUUGCGGCACAUUUGUGUUGCCCAGAGUUGAUGAAAGCAAAGAUUUAAAACAAAAAAAGUCACGAGAAUAUCUGUCUUAUAAUUGAAGUUCUAUGAACACAGGUUGGACUUUUUAACAGCGUUUAUUUGGGAUGAGAAAUAGCAGCAGUUGUAGCCUCUAUGUGUUCAACUUUUUUUUAAUUCCUCCUUUGAACAUUGACAUUUAUACAAACAGUCUUUAUUGAAUGGAGAGAGAUUUAUGCCGUGAUAUUUCAAUUUCAAGGACUCAUUGGACAUUUUGGAAAAUACACUUAUGCGGAGCUUAACGAAUUGAUUAAUACCACUUUAACAUUGGUAUAAUGUAUAGGAAGCUACAGCGGCACGUUAGCUUAGCUUGUCAAAAAGGUAACAAGAUUGUUAGUUUUCUAAUUAGCAAGUUCUAUCUGGUUUAAUUCAAUCUUCACAGGAAAAACUGCUGUAGACUCAUAUUUACCAUAAAUACUUGAGUGGUAUUUAUCUGCUCAUACACUUAGAAAGAAACCAAAUGUGUGUACUUUCUCUAAAAUCCUAACCAAAUUUACUAUGACAAAAUGCACUUGUAAGUGGUCUUAAUGUGUAUUUAGAGUGUGCCUCGAAUUAUAUGGUGUGGUGUUGAGUACUGUCAAGAUAUAUGUGUAAAGUUUAGGUUACUUUAGAUGGAAUCACUGGAAAACCCAUUCAAGAUUUUUUUGAUAGGGAUGCACCAGUGUCAUGGCUGAUAUUGACCUUAUUAAGCAGAUUAACAACAAAAUGUAAAAAUGUAUACAUCGUUUUUUAUGGUUUCUUGUUGAACACAGCUGCAAAAGUGACAACGCAAAAUGCAAAGGCCACAACACAACUUAACACAACAGAAAUACAACCACAACGGAAGUGAUUGACAAUGUUGAUUGAACAAACAAAGUAACUUACUGUUAACGAGUCGGACGUAGAUCGUGGAAACCAAGCGGCAACUUCCGGGACUGCGAGAGGAAGCCGAUGCGGUAGUACAAAAAUCUGCAGUUCACAGAGUGGCCACUUGGGGCUGCGUCCAAGAGCAGGUCCAUCCCACCCGAAAGUCGGUCACCGCAUAAAAGGAGGUGCUUGAUUAUUAGGAGUGUUACGGUACAGGUGCCUGACAGGUCCAAAAAUAAUCAAUACACCUGUACUGUAACACCUCGAAUAGACCAGCAUCACAUUUUAAGAGGUGACUGACUCUUAGGGUUUUUCACCGUAUCCACUAACGACGGCUCACUGGAACCAUUAAAUUGAAUUGAACUGACCAUUAAAAGGAGCAAAAGUAAGUCUUCUCCUUUAAUGGACUACAUCCGUUGUCACUCACUUCCAUUGUAUAGAUUUUGUUGUUGUGUUGUGUCUUUUGUAGUUGUGUUUUCCGUUAAUGUGCUUGUGUGAGACGUCUCGGCCAAAGUAACUUUGAGACUUCACAACACAACUUAUCAUAUAUCAUUAUAAUAAUGAUGAAUAAACCUCAUAAAUACAAUUUCAAUCAAACCCCAAAAUGAUGUUGAACACAUCUUUACCAAAAGUUUAGUUUAACAGUAAGUUUUUACAUUUUAGCAAAAUAUCACUGCUAUCAGAGUUCAGAUUGCUGCAUCCUUAGAUUUAUUUUUGUUGUCAACUAUGAAUAAUGCACUGUUGUGUAACUUUAAGCACUUUGACUGUCGUCAGUGCACAAUAUGUUUUAAUGUUGCACUUUAUUUUACAUUAAACACUUUGUCUUUUUCAUUGUGCUUCUCGUGGAGCUGGUGAAGGUUGGCGCACUGAAAUAAAUGAUGAAUUUCAUUUCA